UUCGAAACCGCGAAGAAGCCAGACGUCGGGCGGCAGCGGCAGUAGAGAACUUCCUUCCCCUCUCCCUUUCCUUCCGAGCGUAGCAUACGAUGUGGAUGAAGAGCGUGGCGGCGACGGCGUUGGCCGCGCUUCUGGCGGUGCAAGAGGCCAGUGCAGCCUUCUACGUGCCAGGCGUGGCGCCCGAAUCGUGGGCAGCGGGCGAGACGGUGCGCCUUAACGUGAACAAGAUCACGUCCACCAAGACGCUCGUGCCGUACGAGUACUACUACCUGCCGUAUUGCAAACCCACUUCCACCAACGAGCAACAGGAGAAUCUGGGUGAGAUCAUGGCUGGUGAUGCCAUAAUGGAUUCACUCUACAAUAUGCAGAUGGAGAAGGACGCAAUCUGCCAGGUACUGUGUAAGCCCAUGACGUACACGUCUGAGCAGUCGCAGACCUUUAUCGACAUGAUCAAAGACGAGUAUUACGUACAGUGGGUGGUGGAUAAUCUGCCCGUGCUGUACCGCGACCCGACGGACUCACAGCAGGCUGGAUCUUUCAAGCGCGGCUUCCCCGUUGGUGAAGUGGACGAAGACGGAAAGUACCUCCUGUACAACCACGUGCGCAUUAUCGUCUCGGUCAACUCGGAUCCAUACGCCGAAGAGGACGGUGACGCCCCUAAGUGGCGCGUCGUCGGCUUCGAGGUCGUCCCCACCUCUAUCAAGCACAGCUACGAGAACGAGCCUAUGGCCGGACAGGAACUCGACUCGGACACGUGUGGCAAGUUUGUAAACAUUGAGGAGGUUUCACAGGGCAACUACCAGUACUUGAACCCAGAGGGCGAGACCACGGUGUUGUACACGUACGAUGUGCAGUUCGUCAAGUCAGACAUCGUCUGGGAGGAGCGCUGGGACCGUAUUAUCAGCAGCAAGAGCUCGAACGAUCAGAUCCACUGGUUCUCCAUCAUUAACUCGCUUAUGAUCGUGUUGUUCCUGACGGGAAUGAUCGCUAUGAUCAUGUUGCGCACACUUCACCGUGACAUCGCUCGUUACAAUGAGGUGCAGACCACGGAGGAGGCUCAGGAGGAGUCAGGGUGGAAGCUUGUCCACGGUGAUGUAUUCCGUCCGCCGCAGCUUUCACCCAUGCUUUUCUCGGUGGUCGUGGGUACAGGUGUCCAGGUGUGCUCCAUGAGCGCGUCAACGAUGGUUAUUGCGCUGCUGGGACUGUUGUCGCCGGCCAAUCGUGGCUCUCUACUGACGACUUUGCUGCUGCUCUUCGUGUUCAUGGGCAGCUUCGCUGGCUACCACUCGUCACGUACGUACAAGAUGUUCAACGGCAAGGACUGGAAGAAGAACACGAUUCUCACGGCUGUGCUGUACCCCGGUCUGCUGUUUGCCGUUUUUUUCGUGCUGAACCUGGUGCUGUGGGGCAAGUCAUCGUCGCAGGCCGUCCCGUUCGGUACGCUUUUCGCUCUGCUUGUGCUGUGGUUCGGCAUUUCCGUACCGCUGGUGUUCCUCGGCAGCUACUUUGGCUUCAAGGCUGCUGCUAUUGAGCAGCCUGUGCGCACGAACCAGAUCGCACGCCAGAUCCCGGAGCAAGUGUGGUACUUGUCCUCGCCUUUCAGUAUCUUGGUUGGUGGCAUCUUGCCGUUCGGCGCUGUGUUCAUUGAGCUGUUCUUCAUCAUGUCGGCGCUGUGGUUGCACCAGAUUUACUACGUUUUCGGCUUCCUGUUCAUUGUGCUGUUGAUUCUCGUGGCCACGUGCGCUGAGGUGACGGUCGUGAUGUGCUACUUCCAGCUCUGCGCAGAGGACUACCGCUGGUGGUGGCGCUCGUUCCUCACCUCUGGAUCUGCAGCCGUGUAUCUGUUCCUGUACUCGUUCCUGUACUUCUUUACGAAGCUGAACAUCACGGCGUUCGUCUCGGGCAUUCUGUACUUCGGCUACAUGUUCCUGAUCUCGGUCACGUUCUUCUUCCUCACGGGAACCAUCGGCUACUUCGCUUGCCUCUGGUUUACGCGCAAGAUCUACAGCUCCAUUAAGAUCGACUAAGUAGCGAAUCAAGGCUCCAGUCACCGAAUGGUGCGAUGAAGCAAUAUAGCGGGAGGUAACGGGGGGUGAAGCAGCAACGAAGGAGGGUAGAAGCCGGGAGCUACAUGAGUAUUGACAGCUGUAGGCUGAGUCGUGCAUAUGCCGCUUGUUGCUUCCUGUGUGUAGAACAGAAAGCCUGGAAGCGUAGGAAAAUAAUUUUCAUUCCGUUUUCAAUCUGC